AUCCGCGAGGUGUGCAAGGUGGUGUCGGACGUGCUGAAGGAGGUGGAGGUGCAGGAGCCGCGCUUCAUCAGCUCCCUCAACGAGAUGGACAACCGCUACGAGGGCCUGGAAGUCAUCUCCCCCACCGAGUUCGAGGUGGUGCUCUACCUCAACCAGAUGGGGGUCUUCAACUUCGUGGACGACGGCUCCCUGCCGGGCUGCGCCGUGCUGAAGCUGAGCGACGGCCGCAAGCGGAGCAUGUCGCUCUGGGUGGAGUUCAUCACGGCCUCGGGCUACCUCUCGGCCCGCAAGAUCCGCUCCCGCUUCCAGACGCUGGUGGCCCAAGCCGUGGAUAAGUGCAGUUACAGGGACGUGGUAAAGAUGGUGGCGGACACCAGCGAGGUGAAGCUGAGGAUCAGGGACAGGUACGUGGUGCAGAUCACGCCCGCCUUCAAGUGCACGGGGAUCUGGCCGCGGAGCGCUGCCCACUGGCCGCUGCCCCACAUCCCCUGGCCCGGCCCCAACCGCGUCGCCGAGGUGAAGGCGGAGGGCUUCAACCUGCUCUCCAAGGAGUGCCACUCGCUGGCGGGCAAGCAGAGCUCGGCCGAGAGCGACGCCUGGGUGCUGCAGUUCGCCGAAGCCGAGAACAGACUGCAGAUGGGCGGCUGCAGGAAGAAAUGCCUCUCCAUCCUUAAAACGCUGCGGGACCGGCACCUGGAGCUGCCGGGCCAGCCCCUCAACAACUACCACAUGAAGACUCUGGUUUCGUACGAAUGCGAAAAGCACCCGCGGGAGUCGGACUGGGACGAGUCGUGCUUGGGCGAUCGGCUCAACGGGAUUUUGCUGCAGCUCAUCUCCUGCCUGCAGUGCAGGAGGUGCCCACACUACUUCUUGCCCAACUUAGACCUCUUUCAGGGCAAACCUCACUCGGCCCUGGAAAACGCGGCCAAACAGACGUGGCGGCUGGCCAGGGAGAUACUGACCAACCCGAAAAGUUUGGAGAAACUUUAGAGGGGAGCCCUAAAAGGGCCCGAACCGGCUUCUGUCCCGAUGAAGUUUAAGCUUCCCGUUCGAAAAGUCAGAGAUUUCCACUUGA